AUUGGUUGUUCAAAUAUAAGGUCUCUAAAUAACAAUUUAACACAAUGAUUAUUUAUUUAAAUUUAAUUGGGUUGUGUUUCUCAUUGAUAAUACAAAGUUCUAUAUGUGAUAUAUGUUCAACAUGUUCGUGUACAAUCCUAAUGAAUAAAGAACAGGAAAUUAACUGUCAUGGAAAAUAUUUAGGAAAUAAUGACAUGUUUAAUUUUGAUUUGUUAACAUUAGACAAUUAUCAAGUAUUGAACAAACUUGUUUUAUCUAAAAACAAUAUAGUUAAUUUACCUACAAAUCUAUUGAAGAAGUUACAAUCUUUAAGAAGUUUAGAUUUAUCUGAAAAUAUUAUAGAAGAAAUAUAUACAACAAUGUUUAUAGACUUGAACAAUCUCGAAGAUCUAAAUCUUUCUAAAAAUGCAUUAAGAAUUUUUGAUGAUUCGUUGUUGGAAGUACUUCCUGCAUUGUUAUCAUUAAACCUUAGUUAUAAUCAUAUAAAUUCAAUAGAAUAUUUAAUGAACAAAACUACAACAAAGAUUAAUAUACUCGAUCUUUCUCAUAACAAUAUAUCCAGUUUAUCUAAAAUAUUUCUAGAAUCAUUAAUAAAUUUACAAUAUUUAGAUCUGUCGUUUAAUAGAAUCCAUUCUUUAGAAGAUUGUAGUCUAACAGUUUUAAAUUCUUUGAAAGCAAUUCAUAUAAAUAACAAUUUUAUUGUUACAUUAAAUAUGCAAGCAUUACCAAAGACAUUGAUUGAAUUACAUUCUGGAUAUAAUCAAAUUUCGGAAAUACUAUACAAUUUGGAUUAUAUUGAAGUAUUAAAUCUACAGCACAACAAUAUUUCUAAAUUACAUGCAAACAUAAUAACAGAUAAUUUACAACAUCUGAAUAUUAGUGGAAAUAUGUUAUCAAGUUUUCCAAAUGUUAUAUCUGAAAAUUUGAAAGUGCUAGACAUAUCUAACAAUAAAUUAACUUAUGUUCCUGAAGUAAUAUCUAUUAAAAAUUUCCCAUUAUUGUUCCAAUUUGAUGUUAGCCAAAAUCCUAUUGAAAAUUUGACAAUUAGCUCUGAUUUAAAGUUAAAUUCAUUUAUUGCAAGUAAAAUGAGUAUGUUAAAAGCUAUUGAUGAAAGUACAUUAGCAAAUUUGAGACCACCAUCGAAUGGUUGCAUUCAUCUUACUAUAUCCAAUAACAAAAUGUUGUCUUUCAUUCAUAAAGAUGCUUUGAGACACAUGAUUCUCUGUUCAUUAGAUUUGAGUAAUAAUCAACUUUCCUAUGUCGCAAAAGAGCUGGUUGUACGUAACAAUAAUUCUAUGAUAUACAGUGUUAAUUUACAAAGAAAUCCAUUUAAAUGUAAUUGUACACUACAAUGGAUGUUAAGUGAUUUGGUUCCACAACUUUAUUCCAUCCAGCCUCAUCUUUUAGAUGAUUUGAGGUGUGCUUCGCCUCCAGAAAUAUCAAACAUAAGAAUGGUGCAUUGGUACGGAUGGAAAGACGAAAUUUUUUGUGUUAAUACAUCAGUUUUUAAAGAAAAUCUUGCAAUGAAUGUUGCCAAUGUAAUGUCUAAUGAAGUAGUACAUUUUGAUUCUAGUACUGGUUUGCUAGUUGUUGUAGGAAUAGCUACAACUGUAUUAACACUUUUAAUAGUAGGAGGCAUUCUAUGGACACAAAGAAUAGCCAUAAGAAGAAGGAGAGUCAAUAGGAAAUUUUAAAGUUUAUCAUUAUUUAGUAUAUAAAUUUAUUUGUCUUGUAUAUCUGUAACACAUUUCUUUUUUAAUUAAAAAAAUUUUCUUAAAUUUUCAAUAUAUUGAUAUUAUACGAAGAUGUACUUUCAUUUUCAAAGUGACUUAUGAAAUAUCAUAUAACUUACAUUAUCUCUUGAAUUGAUUAAAGUUAAAUAAUGAAUGGAAAUAAAUUUAUUCUCUGAAUUAAUUUAUACUUCAAGAAUUAUCAUUCAUUUGAAUACUAAACAUUGUAUAAGACUGACAAAGUUAUUAGUGAACACAUAAUCAAAUGUUAAUAUUGACAAAAAAAUUAAAUUUGUUGGUAAAAUGAAUUAUGAAUCAUGAAUUUUAUUAAAGUAUUGUAAAAAUAAAGUAUUAAAGACUCUCACAGGAACAGUUUUCUUUUCAAUUAAAUUUAA